AUGCCGGGCGAGGUCAGGCUCGUUCGCGCCACAGCUGCGCAGUCCAUCGAGGCCAACAAGCGAUCGCAUGUCGAAUGGGCAAAAGGCCUCUCCGUCGACGAGUACCUAUCUCGAGAAGAGACGCUGGGACGAUGCAAAGUAGCCCAGGGUCUUCUCGCAUGGGUCCUGAUUCCACGCUCGGCGCCGACCGACACACUAGACUUCUUUUGCGCUUGCGAGACAUACAGACGGCGGCUGUUUGCACACGCGCCUCGGCUUGGCCAACCUGGACAAAGUCUUGAAGGUAUUGGCUAUGGUAUCUGCUCUGUCUUUACGCCUCAACGAUACCGAGGCAAAGGGUAUGCGGGCCAGAUGAUGAAGCUGCUGCAUGCAAAGCUGGCAAAGCCCGGCACUUCGCCAUUUGCUUCAGAUGCUCAGGAUGGCGACGACGAAGAUGGGCCCAGGGAUGCCACGCUCUCGGUGCUUUACUCGGACGCAGGCACUUUCUACCAAGCUCACGGCUGGACUAUUAUCGGCGCGCUCCAUACGAUUUGGCCAGUGCAAUCAGUAGCGCUCGAAGUGAAGCCACAGCUGUCUACAGAGCGUCUUGAUGAUGGCAUGAUCAACUCUUGCGCAAAACAAGACGUAGCCGCGACGCAGAGACAAGUGUACACAUCGGCCGACACUGCUUUCGCAUUCGUCCCGACGGGAGAUGAACAGCAAUGGCUUGUAACACGAUCGAAGUUUUACCAUGAACACUUACCGGCGCGGCGCGGGCACUCGCCGCCAACCACUUUCGGCGCUAGGGUCAUCACUGAUCAUGCAGACUCAUUGGAGAGUCACUCCGCGAGCGAGUAUGCGGUGUGGAACUACGACUAUAGCGGCUCCGAGCUCAACAUCCUACGUCUGCGGGUCAAUUCGCCAGAGGCAUUAGAGGCGCUUAUGGUGGUCGCAGUAGAAUGUGCAAGGGAGCAAGAAUGCCAGACAAUCACCGCCUGGAAUGUCGACACGGGUUUGCUCAAGUCAGCCGGUCUAGUAAGUCAAACGAAAAAGUCGAGUCUGCCGGCACUGGCGAUCUACGACGACCAUCUGAGAGGCGCUGAUUGGCUGGUCAAUGAGAACCUCUUCUGGUGUUAG